AUGGUCAGGACCAAAAGGCUACUGUUGACGAGUUCAGGCGGACAUCCCCACAUCAGACGAGAGAUCCGUGAUCUUUACGCAAACUAUCCGGACCAAUGGGCCCUGUAUCUACUGGGUUUGCUCGAGUUUCAGCAAGUUGACCAGAAUGACCCUCUUUCAUAUUACCGCAUUUCAGGGAUACACGCUCAGCCAUACGAACUCUGGCAAGACGCGCACGGUGUUCCAGGGAUGGGUGUUGGUGCCUAUUGUCCUCAUAUGAGCCGACUGUUUAUAACUUGGCAUCGUCCAUAUCUGGCACUGUUUGAGCAAGAACUUUGGAAGCACGUCAAGUCCAUUGCCGACCAAGCUCAAGUAGAUCGUGAGCGAUGGAAUGCAGCCGCCGAUUCAUUCCGUAUACCAUACUGGGACACGGCGCGAGGCGCUGCAGACGGCAGUAUUCCCGGAUUUUUACUCUCUCCGAGAUGGCCAGUCGUCGGACCUAAUGGAUCACUGGUCAUUGACAAUCCCCUUUAUUGGUAUCAACUUCACCCAUUGGACCCAAAGGAUUUCUCAAACGCUGAUAUCGCUCGUUACAACUAUACUCUGCGCUGGCCUACUACACACAGUUCAGACGCAAUCCCACAACUAGGGGAGUGGCAGAAAGCGUAUUCCGAGGGCGCAAAAUCGCGCCAAAACGACAUCAACUACGCCUUCCAGUGGGCUGGCUCGUUCCAGAACUUUUCUGAAUCUCUAGAGAACGCGCAUGGCGCGAUUCAUCUCAUUACUGGGGGCUACCCCAAGGAUUUGAAUGGGCAGGAAAUUCAUGGCCACAUGUAUAACACAGAAACCUCAGCCUUUGACCCAACUUUCAUGCUACACCAUGCGAACUUUGACCGCCUUCUAGCUCUCUAUACAACAACGAACCCUAACGUAUGGCUCGAACCGGCAGCUGUCGGUGGCAGUCGAAAUUGGCCUAGUUUUUGGAUUCCCUCGGGAGGGACUACCGAUGCAAAUACUGGACUUCCGCCGUUCUGGAAGAACAAGAACGAGUUUUGGACGUCCAACGAUGCUCACCACACUGAUGUGUUCGGCUAUGCGUACCCAGAGACCCAGUAUUGGAAUUUUGCGUCGGAUGAAGAGUGGAGGAACAACGUCCGAGGCUUGAUACAAAGUCUGUACCCGAAUAGUGCUCGGGAGACUCUGACCAAUACUGUAGCAACUGGUGACAGCAUAGCGCAUGUGGUUCAUGUGGACAGCUCGUUUACGGAUUGGGUCAUUCAUGUCAAAGCGUCUGCAACGGAGAUGCCAUCAACUUUCAGAGCCAUGUUCUCACUCGUUGGGGAUUUUUCGUCCGACGCAAGCACCGAGAUUGCCAUGUGGACAAGGAUGCGUGUUGACAGCUAUGGCAGCGAAGCGGUGAAGGUUCGCCAGGCAGAACGAAAAAGAAAGCCCUCCAGCACGACCGAACAGAGCUUUACGCGGGCUAUCGGUCUCACCUCGAGCUUGUUGGAUCAUAUCACGGCUGGCAAGUUGGAGAGCCUGGAUCCGGAGGCGGUGAUACCAUACCUCAAGGCCCAUUUGACGUGGAACGUCUAUGGAGGCGAUGAUUCAAAACGUCUGACACCUGCGCAACUAGAGACCUUUGGCGUUGAGGUCACUAGCACCAAGUUAUACAUUCCGAAAGACCCCUCUCAGCCGCUCGAAUACAGCACGGACACAACCUCGUACCCAAUAUGUAGGGUAUGA